AUGAGAGGAGUUAGUACAAAAUUGCAAUGGGAUAUUAUGACUGGAGUCUGUGUCGAGAGGUUGCCUAUUGUCACACCACCACUUAAUGAUAUGCAAAAGAAGUACAAGGAAUUGUUAUGGACUAUGGAGGUUGAGAAAAGUUUAAAGUCAGACCAUGAAAUCAGACUAGAAAACGAUAAAAUACAGGAAGAAAUGCUUAAAAGUGAUUCACGUGAUGUGGACUUAGAUGCUGUUAGCAAAAUAACUGGUCAGGAUUUUGAAGAUGCAGCAAAUGAAGAGUUGGCGCAAUUUAAAUUCGGAAGUAUUGAGACCGAGGCAGACAAAAAAGGUGACAAGACAACACCAGAGAGGUGUUUGCAAAGGCAUUUAGUACUUGUUGCUCCAAUUAAAUUAGGAAGUGAUUUAAAAACAAUACUCCCACAAGGCAAAUGGGCAGAAGGAGAGACUUUACGACAGACAGCUGAAAGAGUCCUGACAGAAUGUUGUGGGCCAGAACUUAAAGUGCAAUUUAUUUCAAAUGCACCUUGCGGGUUUUAUAAAUAUAAAUAUCCUCCCGGUGAACAAAAAGGUGGAAAGGUUGGAGCCAAAGUAUUUUUCUACUAUGCUAGCUACAAAAGCGGUGCAGACAAAAAUCCAGACAAAGCCAAAUUUAAUUGGUUAACAAGAAAUGAAUUAACAGAAACUUUACCACUUAAGUAUAACAAGUCGGUACAAGAGUUUUUGAUUGAAGAAACCUAU